AUGACAGCCUUCCUGGAGCGCACACAGAAACUUCGCCAGCACAUUGAGGCGCUGAUCCGCCGGGACGCCAUCAAACGCUCACUGACAGUGGAUGAUCAUGCUCUUCGACGUCGCGUGGAUGACUAUUACCUGCCCAUGUUCAGCUGGACGACGGAGGUCGUGGAGGCUGCGCAGAAGAAGCAGGGUGACGCCAAACACUGCGUCUGCAUCGGCUUGAGCUGCCCGCAGGGCGGUGGCAAGACCACGGCAUCCAUGUACAUGCAGGAGGCACUGGCGCUCAUGGGGAAGAAAUGCGCUGUUAUGUCACUGGACGACGUGUACUGGAAAUACGAGCAGCAAGUGGCGCUCGCCAAGGCCAACCCGGGCAAUCCACUGCUUCAGUAUCGCGGUAAUCCAGGCACGAUGGAUAUCCCGCUCCUGAUGGACUUGGUUUAUGAGUGCAAGUCGUCAACAGGAGAGAUCGCUCUACCACGCUACGAUAAGUCUCAACACAAUGGCCGUGGUGAUCGUGCUCCCCUGUCGGACUGGGAUCGCAAACAAGGUCCGCUGGACGUUCUGUUGAUCGAGGGAUGGUGUAUGGGCUUCCAAGCGAUCGACGAUGCUAGCCCCGAGCUAAGUGAGCACAUGAGGACUGUGAACAAGGAGCUUCUUGCCUUUGACAAAUUCUAUGAGGUACUGGAUGGUUUGGUGGUGAUCAAGAUCGACAACCUGGACUGGGUAUACGAGUGGCGUGAGCAGCCGGAGCAGCUCCUGCGGGAAGCCAAAAAGCCAGCCAUGACUACAGAUGAAGUGCGCGACUUCGUGGACCGAUUCAUGCCGGCGUACAAGACGUAUCUCAAGGGGUUGUACGCCGAGCCGACGGAAUCGACAUCACCCUUGGCUAACGUACCGCGGCUCAUUUUCUCCAUCACUUCGGCGCGUGAACCAGCGGCUAAGCCCGUGGAGUUCAACUUCAUAUCCGAGGCGCUGAAGGAUUAG